AUGUUGACUAAACCAGUAAAACUUCGCUUUAUAAAAUUAUCUGAAAACGCAAGUAUACCAACUAAAGGAUCUGAAAUAGCUGCUGGUUAUGAUUUAAGAGCUGCCUAUGAUGGUUUAGUAUCUGCACAUGGUAGGGAAAUAUUUGCAAUUGAUAUUCAAAUUAAGCUUCCUCAUGGAUGUUAUGGAUGUAUUGUACCACGUUCAGGAUUAGCAUUUAAAAAUGGAAUUGAUGUUGGAGCUGGAGUUGUAGAUGAGGACUAUCGUGGAAAUUUAAAAGUAGUUUUAUUUAAUCACUCUGAUACACCGUUUAUAAUUAAGAAGAGUGAUCGUAUUGUUCAAUUAAUUUUUCAAAAAAUUUACUAUCCUGAAAUUGAAGAAGUUGAAAAUUUAUAAAUUUAUUUAUUUAUUUAGC